CCCUGAUGCUAGGAAGCCCAACAGGAGAUCAGACAGGUGAAGGCCAUCAUGUCCAUCAGCGUGGAUCUGAGGAGGAUCUCCAAUCUGCCGGGACGUUCUGACAGAAAGGUUGAACUCUCCUUCAGAGGUUUUACCCAUAAAACCAGAGCCCUGCAAUGUGAGAAUAUCGCCAUCUUCAAUGAGCAUUUCCGUUGGCCUCAUUAUGGCAAAGAGAUCACAGAGGAACUGUUUUCUGUCAGCGUUUACAACUGCAGCAAAUUCUUUUCCAACAGACUGCUCGGUCAGCUUGUUAUCAGUCUCCAGCAUGUCGUUACCUCUGGCAGGUUGACGCUUCGGGAGCGUCUGACCGAUGCCAGCUUUACCCUGACUGAUAUUAUUAUAGAGCUGGAGAUUCGCUUCCACCCAUUGGAGGGAGCUGUUGGACACUGGGAUGGAAACAACUUCCUGGAUGUUGAAGACAGUGAUGAGUCAGCACUGGUCAUCAGGAAUGAUGGAUUCGAUGAUAUUGAGAGAGGUUCCUUGUUGGCUCGAACCAAUCAAAUGGAGAGAGAUGCUCGUCGUCUCGGUCAGAGCCUAAUUCGGACGGGGGAUGAAGACGAGGAUGAUGAAGAUUAUGAUUAUGAUGAUGACCUUGUGGAGAUGGAGAUCUCUGACAUCAUAUUCACGUCUCUCCUAAGCCGUUGGAGACCGCUGUCUAGAACUGCUGUUGCAGCAAUGCCCAGAGUCCAGAGCUUUCAGGUGAAUGUGAACAUCCUAGAGGCUCAGAAGCUCGUCGGCGUAAAUAUUAAUCCUGCAGUUUUUAUCAGUGUUGGAGGUCAGAAAAAACACACAGCAACACAGAAAUCCACCAACUGCCCAUUCUACAAUGAGAAUUUCCAGUUUGAGUUUCAGGAGGCUCAACAAAUCUUCCUUGACAAAGUCAUAGAGAUAAAGGUGUUCCACAGACGGACUCUGGCCUUCCUGAUGUCACACAUUGGGACCUUUAAGAUUGAUAUCUCCACUGUUUACAGUCAGCCAGACCAUCGUUUCUACCAGAAGUGGGCUCCUCUCACUGACCCAACAGACACCCGGUCAGGAGUGAAGGGGUAUGUCCAGGCCAGCCUUAGUGUGCUGAUGAAGGGAGACCCUCAUCGCAUGUCCGGUUUUCCAUCCAACACCUCGUCUGGAAGCAGUGAAGACAUUGAAAAACAUCUGUUGCUUCCUCGCGGCAUGCCGUCUGAGCGUCCGUGGGCUCGGUUUCGUGUCCGAAUCUACAGAGCCGAGGGUCUGCCAACCAUGGAAGCAGGACUGAUGGCCAAAAUGUCUGUCAGUGACAGAGCGGUCUUCAUUGACCCCUACGUACAGGUGACCUUCGCUGGACAGCAGGGGGAAACGUCAGUUGCCAGUGCCACCAGCUACCCUGUAUGGAAUGAAGAGAUCUCCUUUAUUGAGCAGUUUCCUCCUCUGGCUCAGCGAAUCAAAAUCCAACUCCUUGAUGAUGCCAAGAUGGGAGACACAGCUUUGGCAACUCACUUUCUGGACCUCCAGCAAAUAUCUGACCCCACCAGAAACGGGUUUAACCCAACCUUUGGUCCAAACUGGGUUAAUCUUUAUGGCUCUCCUCAAAACUCCACCCUGGGAGACGUCCAUCAGGCCUUGAAUGAGGGUUUGGGUGAAGGAAUCUUCUAUCGAGGUCGACUCCUCCUGGCCCUCUCCAUGGAUGUUUAUUCCUCCCCCUCUGCAAUCCCCACAGAUACUGGCUCUGUUGCAGCCGGGAAGGUGAAAGGGGCACUGGGUAAGUUUGGAAGAAAGAAGAAAAAACGGAGCAAGAAGGAAAAGAAGGAAGCCGCUUCAGCUACAAUCGAAUUAGCUGAUGAGUCUGAAGAGGCGGGAGUUGAGGUACCAGAGUCUGUGACUGUGGAGGUUGAGGAGAUCCAUCCUCUGCCUGAGGGUUAUCUGGGACAGAAGGAAGAGUUUCUGCUGUUUGCAUCUCUGUUUGAAGUCACAAUGAUUGACCCGACAGUAGGAACCAAACCUCUGACCUUUGAACUCUCUAUUGGAAAUUAUGGGAAGGCAAUGGGAAUUGGGAAGUCAAAGAAAAGCCAGAGCAGGGAGGAGCUGAGGAGGAGCAGAGAAGAUCUGACGGAGGAAACUCAUGGUCUGUUGGAGUCAGAGGAUGAGUUGGACAGAGAGGAGAUGACGAAUCCUGAACCCGAGAACAGAUCUGUGUCUUCUCCCAUGAGACCUCAGCCCACUGAAUAUGACGGGUCCUUUAAGUGUAUUCCACUCCAGCCCCCAACAACAAAUCUAAAGCCUUGUCUGUAUGUCUGGAGUCAGUUUGAAGAUCACAGCUUUCGUCUCUAUCAGGCCAACUGGUUAAGCAAGAUGGCUGACAGGCUUGAGAUUGGUCUCAAUAAGGUGGAAAUGGACUUGCAGAGGCCCAAGAGUAAAGCAAAAGAGAGUCUGAUUGAGGUGUUACUAGAGCUGGUGACUUGUUGCAAACAGUUUAGUGCUUUUUCAGACAGGAGAUCUCAGUCCCGUCCCAACAGCCUGGAUAAAUGCAGGAGGGAGUUUAUCAAAAAGAAUUUGGUUCUAUUAGCCAGACAGGCAGUGAGAGCCAGGCGGCGAAUUACCAGAAACAAAACCAAGGAGCACUUGCAGGAAAGCCGGAAAAUCCUAAAGAAGCUUCGCCAACUGGCGGUAGAGCCUCAGAGCACCAUCCCUGAUGUUUUUCUCUGGAUGCUAAAUGGAAGCAAACGGUUGGCUUACGUGAGGAUUCCUUCCCACUCCAUCCUCUUCUCAUUGGUGGAGGAGCAGAAAGGGCGGGACUGUGGCCACAUCACCACUCUCUACAUGAAGUCUCCAGGAUGCUCACCUAGUGAAACCUUUGCAAAGCUGGAGGUGUACCUGUGGCUGGGUCUUGUAAAGUACAGUAAAGAAGUGAUCAACAGCCUGCCAGAGGAGUUCAUGCCUAUAUAUGAGGAAGAGGAGGAGGAGGAGACGGAGAGACAACACCUUCCUGUGGAGGAAAGAAGAAAGUUUCCUGUCAGUCUGUCCUGCCAGGACUACAGGUACUUCCAGCUACGGUGUCACCUCUACCAGGGCCGUGGCCUUAUGGCUGCAGAUGAUGAUGGCCUGUCAGACCCUUUUGCAAAGGUGAUCUUCUCUACACAGUGCCAGGUCACCAAGGUGUGUCCAGACACACUCUCCCCUUCCUGGUGUGAGUGUUUGUUGUUUGACAGAGUUCUCCUCGAGGGAACGAAGGAGCAAUUUCAACAAGACCCUCCUCUUAUCAUCAUCGACAUCUAUGACCAUGACGCAGUGGGCAGUCCGAAGCCUCUGGGUCGAGCUUAUGCAGAGCCUGAGUUUAAAACUGUGGAGCAGUUCUACGAAAAGCCCAAACUUCGCUUCCAUAAUGUCAUCAGAGGGAGGGUUCCUGCUGGAAUGCUACUGGCUGCUUUUGAGCUCAUUGAGCUCGACUACUCUGCUUUUGGAGAGCCCCGCCUCCCCGUUAGUGUGGAUCCCCAGGAGCUGACCUACAGCGAGGAGCAGAGAUGUUAUGUCAUCCCAGAGGGAGUCCGACCUGUUCUGAAGACCUUCAGGAUCGAGGUGCUGUUCUGGGGUCUACGGGAGCUGAAGCGGGUGCAGCUGUUUGAGGUGGAGCGCCCACAGGUGAGGGUGGAGUGUGCAGGACAGCAGCUGGAAUCUGAGGAGAUCCAGAGCUACAAGAGCAACCCUAACUUUAAGGAAGUGGUCCGCUACUUUGAUGUGGAGCUUCCAGAGCAGUCAUACCUCCACCCUCCUCUGACGGUGUUUGUGGUGGAGCAUCGGGCCUUCGGUCACCUUGCCCUGGUUGGCUCACAUGUUGUGCAGAACCUCAUGAACUAUGCUCCACGUGAAUGUGGAGGGGAGGAGGAGGAGGAAGAAGAUGAACCAAAACCAAAAGUAAGGCAGAAUCCAAUGAAGGUCGACCCCUUGACGUCAGUGAAGAACAUGGGACUCAGCAGUUUACCAGUCAAACAGUCAAAAAUUCCUAUUAACCCUAUGAAGAUAGUGAAAGCUCCACUGAAAAAGCUGAAAAAGAAGGUGGAGGAGCUAGAGGAGGAGGCUCCAGAGAAAGAAGAGCUGGACUGGUGGUCCAAGUACUACGCCUCAGUGGAGGAGCAACAGAAGCAGGCUGCAGAGAGAGAAGAGAUGGAGGAUGAAGCAGAGACAGAUGGAGUAAAUCUGACCAUGGCAAAUAUUGAAGAAGAGGAGGAAGAGUUUGAUGAUGUUGAGAUUGAGCCCCCUAAACGCAAGAAGAUUGCCACAUUAAAGCUGUAUGAAAGCGAUCUGGAAUCAGAGUUCAGUGAGUUUCAGGACUGGCUGAAGGUUUUCCCCCUGUUCAAAGGCCGAGCCAUCACUGAGGAUGAUGAGGAGGAUGAAGAGGAGAGGCUGAUGGGAAAAUACAAGGGUUCCUUCCUGGUUUAUCCCAUCGAUCCGGAGGACAGAGAUGACACCACAUGUCAGAUCACUAAUGGAGUCCCUAAAAAUUCACCUGUCAAAGUCUUAGUCAGAGUUUACAUUGUGAAGGCCUCCAGCCUGGCUCCCACCGACCCUAACGGUAAAGCUGACCCCUACAUUGUUGUAAAGGUGGGAGAUCAGAGUCAGGACUCUAAAGAAAGAUACAUCCCCAAACAGCUCAACCCCGAUGGUUACAAUAAGUGGCGUGAUGCAAAGAAACCAUCGACAAUCUUGGCUGAGCUCUGCAGGAAGAACGGCAUCCCAUCUCCAGAGUACAGAACAUCAGAAGUCAAAGUCCUCAACAUGAUCUUCAAAAUACCUCCAGACGCAAUACCUGAAGGUCUGCUGAAGAAGAACGAGCGCUCUCCAGAGGAAGAGGCAGAGAUAGAGGAGCAUGCAUCUCUGCAUGUGCUGCGGCGCUGGGAGGAGAUGACUGAGUUCCUCCCUGGAGCCGUUCGUCUGGUUCCUGAGCAUGUGGAGAUCCGGUCUCUGCAGAACCAGGACAAUCCAGGACUCCCCCAGGGUUAUCUUCAUAUGUGGGUGGACAUGUUUCCCACUGAUAUCCCAGCUCCGCCCGCUGUGGAUAUAAAACCCCGCCUACCUGAACAGUAUGAGCUGCGUGUGAUCAUCUGGAACACAGAUGAUGUGUUUCUGGAUGAUGUCAACCCUUUCACAGGCGACCCAUCCUCAGACAUCUAUGUUAAAGGCUGGAUAAAAGGGUUGGAUGGAGACAAACAGGAAACUGAUGUCCACUUUAACUCUCUGACCGGGGAAGGAAACUUCAACUGGAGAUUUGUUUUCCGAUUUGACUACCUUCCCACUGAGAAAGAGGUGGUGUAUAAAAAGAAGGAGUCCAUCUUUUCCUUGGAGGAGUCUGAGUUUCGCCAGCCGGCGGUUCUGACACUGCAGGUGUGGGACUAUGAUCGCAUCUCAGCCAACGACUUUCUAGGGUCCGUAGAGCUUUCUCUAAGCAGCAUGGUGCGGCCGGCGAAGUCGUCCAGUAAGUGCACAAUUGAAAUGGCGAAGGACCAGGCCAGUCCCCGCUUCUCCAUCUUUCGUGCUAAAAAAAUGAAGGGUUGGUGGCCGUUGGUCCGCUUGAAGACGGCUGAGGAUUUCGAGAAGGAGGAGAAAGAGAAACGGAGAGCCAAGAAGAAGGGAUACAAGAAGAAAAAGACAAAGGACAAAAGAAGCCAGAUGAGAGAAGAAGACAUCCAGUACACAGACAGUUUGGGCAACACUUACUUGUUAAUGGGAAAGGUGGAGGCGGAGCUUCAGCUGGUGGCUUUGGAACAGGCGGAGGCGAACCCUGUGGGGAGAGGACGCAAGGAGCCAGAACCCCUGGAAAAACCAAACCGUCCCACCACCAGCUUCAACUGGUUCCUCAACCCAAUGAAGACCUUUGUCUUCCUAAUAUGGAAGAACUACAAGAAAUACAUCAUAGCUCUGGUCAUCCUCAUCAUCCUGACGCUCUUCCUUGUCCUGAUUCUCUACACUUUGCCAGGAGAAAUCAGCUCUCUCAUUGUUAACGGAUGAAGAAUCGGGGAGAGGCUUCUGUCACAUUAAGCAAAUUGACUCAAACGGUUUUAGAUUUUAUGGUCAGAUUGAUAUUUUAGCCUGGCUUCACUAAAAUACUAACAAAGAAUAUUUAUGGAUACGUUUCGCUAUGAAAAAAAUUCUAUGACCAGAAGAAAUGACCAAGCAAUGA